CCCAUUUGUGCCUCUCCAAGAAAAAGUGAUGGAAACUUUGGAAUAAAAUCAUUCAAAAAAUGAACUGAUUUUAAUUGAAUUGACACGGAGUUAAAUCAUUUUCUUACGACCAAAUUAUUUUUUUAUUUAUUUUCUUUGUUGGAAUUCUUUAAAUAAUUUGCCCUUCACCAUUUAAAAUUUGGUGUUAUAUUUAAAAUUUUAAAAUAAAAUGCUUAAAUUUUGUAAAUGAUCAUGUUUUAUUAAACUAAAGAGUGUCAUUUAAGCACACCUGUAUAAGAUAAAUAAAUUAUAAUUUUUACUUGAAAAAUAAAAUUUAAUUUUAUAGUUGUUUAAUGCCUAAUACAUCAACUUAAGUAUUUUAUUUUAAUUGUGUCAAGUUAUUUGUACUUUUAAAAAAUAUAAUUAUAAUCAUCUAUUUAUAUUUAAAUUUUAUAAGAUAUUUACAUUAUUUUAGCAAACUUUUUGAAUCUAUGCAGAAUCAAUUUAAGUAAUAUUUUAUAUUACAGAACUAAUAACUUACCAUGUAAAUGACAAAUAGAAAAUUAAAUUUGGGGUAUAUAAGUCAUUAAAACUUAAUUUUGUCAUUACCACACGAAUAAAUUCAACCUAACAAUAUAUUAUUAAUUAAAAAAAAAUUAUAUUAUACUAUUUUGUUUUGGGCCAUAACCUCCAUACCUAAGGGCACUCCUUAUGUGGGAGGUGUGCAUGCACCGUGCAGAUCCAUCGCCUCUCCCUGUCCAUUUUUAUUAAAUCUCUCGCACGCGUAAGCCUUGUCGGCAGCAUUGUCUGCCACGUUGCCACGUGCCGUACCGGGAUUCAAUUACCCUCACCGGAAUCUUCGCGCACCGUUAAAAAGGACAUCCCGUCCUGGUCACUCCUUCCUCCUCCUUCUCCACCGCCUCUCUUCAGAAAAGUGCCCAUGGCGGGGUCCCUCCUGCCCUUAGGUAGGGCACCCCUGCCCUUCUCGCGACCCUCAGACUGCCCUUCACCUUCUCUCGCCUUUCCCCUCCCCCUGAAGUCCUUCCCCUCCCCUCGAAACCCUCACAGUCUCAAUUUGGAGUCGAAUUCGCCGUUCUUCGCCCCCUCCGUUCACCGCCGAAUUACUCCAGUCUCUGCCCUGAACUCCGAAGUUCCGCAUCCGAUUCGUCAGGGAGGAUCAGCGACUUUCAGGACCGGGAAGGGCUUCGAGGAAUGGGAUUUUCUGACCGCGAAGUUCUCCGCAGCCGCGAACGUACCGUUUCUGCUGCUGCAGCUUCCUCAGAUCGUUCUCAAUGCCCGCAAUCUUAUGGCGGGGAGCAAGACCGCGCUUUUGGCCGUUCCGUGGCUGGGGAUGCUGACGGGGUUGCUUGGGAAUCUUUCGCUGCUGUCGUACUUUGCGAAGAAGAGGGAGAAGGAGGCGAUGGUGGUGCAGACGCUGGGAGUGUUGUCUACUUAUGUGGUGAUUGCUCAGCUGGCCAUGGGCGAAGCAAUGCCUCUCCCUCAUUUCACGAUCACAUCCGUCGUCGUGGCCUCAGGUCUUGUUUUGAAUUUCCUGAAUUACUUUGGCUUACUUAGUGCUGGAAUCUGGCGCUUUUGGGAAGAUUUCAUCACUGUCGGCGGACUCUCCGUUCUGCCUCAAGUUAUGUGGUCAACCUUUGUACCUUAUAUCCCAAACAGCAUUUUGCCUGGGGCAAUAGCAUUUUUUAUCGCCAUUGUGGCUGUUGUUAUGGCUCGAAUAGGCAAACUUUCUGAGGAAGGUGUCAAAUUUGUAGGAGCAAUAUCCGGAUGGACUGCUACACUUCUCUUCAUGUGGAUGCCAGUUGCACAGAUGUGGACAAAUUUUCUGAAUCCUGAUAACAUCAAAGGCUUAUCAGCUUUCUCAAUGUUGCUUGCCAUGAUUGGGAAUGGACUUAUGAUCCCACGUGCACUUCUCAUCCGUGAUUUCAUGUGGUUUACUGGAUCAACCUGGGCAUCUCUUUUUUAUGGAUGGGGCAACCUUAUAUGCUUGUAUUUAUUCAACAGUAUCAGUAGGGAAUUUUUCUUGGCUGCUACCGCUGGCUUAUGUCUCUGGAUAGGAAUUGCUUUUUGGAAAGAUGCCAAAGUGCACGGAUACAGUUCGCCAUUGGCAUCAUUACAGGAGCUGGUGUUUGGAUCUUAAUUUUAUCGUUGUAAUACUGAUGCUGCCAAACUAGCUCUAUGGCGCUCCUGAUGAUACCAGUCUGCUUUGCUAGCUGCCGGCGCAAAAUGCGACUUAUCUUCUCUAUCUGCACUGAAGCUUCAUUUCGUUUUCGAUGGCUGGAGCAUUGAUAUCAACCAUACAGUUUCCAAUCAGAUGAGCACCUUGCGCAGACCUUGUGCAGUUGAUGCAACUGCUCUUACCCCGUGAGAGAAUUGGUACGAGGGAAUUGUAAUUUUGAAAGAGGACAAUGAUAGGGUUCGCACAUAGUGAAAAUCAGAGUCUGUCAAUUCAUGUAAUGCAGCAUUAUAUCUAUAAUAAUGAUGUGUAGAAUUUGGUUA